GCAAGGCAUCUCACCCCCGCAGGCUUGGUGUGGCACAGCGGUCCGCCCGGCUCGGGACUCAGAGCCGGUAGCGGCAGCCCAUGCUUGAGCUGCAGCCUGGGCUCUUCGGGGAAACCAGGGCAGGGCCAGGAUGGCGCCUCUGGGGCACCUGCUGCCCACGCUUGCUCUCCUGGGCCGUGCGGCCUGUAUCCUCCUCGCCCACGGCAGGUGUCUGGCUCUGCGCAGGGGGGCUUGGAUCUGGAGUUCUCGGGGCCCCUCCCUCUCCAGCAGCCCAUGCUCCUGCAUGCCCCACCCCUCCCCCACACCAGAGAGCAGCUGGUCGGGCUGGCCAGCCUGGCACCAGCUGUCCAUCCCCGGGGCCAGCUCCGCCGAGCCCACUGUGUGCGUGAGGGGGAGAGCGUUUGGCUCUGGGAGUAGCGAGCGGGCCGCUGCCCAGGAGGCCUGGGUCAGCUCUCCGUGGUGACUGCUGUCUGUGAUUCGGCCGCCAUGAUGGGGUGUGUGCCCCGGUCUCCCCACCCCGUGUCCAGGAGCCAGCAGCUGAGCCGGGCCCCAGGCUGCGUCCCUGAUUGUCACAGGGUCACCCGCUCUUCUCGGCUCGUGGACUCUAAGGAGGCCUGACCCCUCUAUGGGUGAGGCCACGCAGAGGCCGGCCGUGGUCCCCAGCUGCCUGUUUUUUUGUCCCAUGUGCCUAACCCCAGCCGGCAGGGGAUGAAAUCCUGUUAGCUCCCGACUCAGUCUCUGGGGGCACAGCCUCAAUGGCAGGUGGGCUCAGGUCAUCAGGGGCUGGGACAGGGCCCGAGGAGAGCAGCGGAGAGGAGGGGCCCUGGGACGCAGGCCCACCCUGGGUCAUCCGGGCCCGGGCUCUGGGCCUCGCCAGACCGGAGGUGGAGGGUGGCUUCUCCAUCCUCUGGGAGUGUCCACUCGCCGUCCACCAGCAUGGCCACGUCCUCCCAGUACCGCCAGCUGCUGAGUGACUACGGGCCGCCGUCCCUAGGCUACACUCAGGGAACCGGGAGCAGCCAGGUGCCCCAGAGCAAGUACGCGGAGCUGCUGGCCAUCAUCGAAGAGCUGGGGAAAGAGAUCAGACCCACGUACGCGGGCAGCAAGAGCGCCAUGGAGCGGCUGAAGCGAGGCAUCAUUCACGCCCGAGGACUGGUGCGGGAGUGCCUGGCCGAGACGGAGCGGAACGCCCGGUCCUAGCCGCGGAGCUAGCUGGGAAGCUUUUCCGUCUUCCUGCGAGAUGGGCAGUCACAGGUGAAACGCGUGUUUUCAGUGGCCACGUUUGGUUUCCUCCCACGGUUCACGGUUCACGGUUCACCAGGCUCUGAACCUCCAGUCCCAAGGACUGAGAAGAUCUGCAGUUCAUUAGGAUUUGAUUUUACGGAGCUCCCCCCCCCCCACCCCCCCCAGCACUGAUGCACGCAGAGUUCCCUUUCAGCAAGUUGUGGUUUGCCUCCAAGACUCGGCGCCCCCUGGCGCCCCCUGGCGCCUUCUCUGGAGCACAGUUCUGUCCCCGCGCCCGCCUGGUCCCUCUCCUACGCUGAUGCAACUCAGGGUGCGCACUGACAGCACCCCUCCCCUGUGCCUGUAGAUCCUGCUUAGUGUAACUUCUUUUUCGCGUCUGCAUUUGCAUGACUAUUAGUGCUUUGAAGUCAAUUCUAAAAAACACACAAGUUAUAAAUACAGAAGAAAGAGCAACCUGCCAGACCCCGAGAGCCCGACCGGCCGGAGAUUUCAGUUCAGCCUUCACUGUGCGUUGACAGAACAUCUGGAAGAACACGACGAAAACUGUUUGCAUCUUUGUAUGUAUUUAUUACUUGAUGUAAUAAAGCUUAUUUUGAUUAACAA